ACUUAGUGAGAGAAACGCGCUGAUUUAACGUAGCUGAUAAAAAAGUAUCAAUAUUUUUGCACAGUGAAGAAAACAGUAAAACGAAGCUUGACAAUAAAGCUCAAUUCAAAGGAAAAGAAAUAAAAUCCGUCAUUUAUCUUACGUCAAGAUCCGACAAUUCAUCUGGCAUUUGCUUACCAAAACGCCAAUUUAUUUCAUUCAAAAAGUAUUGCAAAAGAAAAAUGAGUGAUACCUACGACUAUAGAGUGCUUCGUCCAAACACGCAGACCACUCCUUAUAACCCUGUACUAUCUGCUGCGUAUCAUAACUCUACGCUUCAUUCAAGUUGUGGAGCCGCAGCGGCAGCUGGAAAUUAUUUGUCACAUUCAGAUUAUAUUCCAUCAGUAACACAUUUACCAACAAAACAAGAGCCACAUGUUCACUUGCAAAGCGCCGCAAACAGUGGAGGUAUAUCUUAUUAUGAUUCAAUAAACAUUCCUACCUGCAGUGUUAGUUCCAAUUCUGCCCGCUAUUCGCCGCAUUCUUACCGUUAUUCGCACUAUAUAGGACAAGGAUCUCAAUUAACCAACCCUGUACAUCACGCUUUAACAAAUAGUGAUAUAACAUCUAGUUCAUCUCCACAUGCUUAUUAUCCAUCAUUUGUACCACCUCCACCAUCAACCAGAGGCUAUUCUAAUUCUAACUUUUUAUCAAACCACUCUUCUUAUGGUGGAUUAGAAUCGGAGUUAUGCAGUCGAAGUAGAUAUGGUGCUAUAUCUCCAGGACCUUUUCACACUCCAUACAUUGAUCAAACGCUGCUCCACCAAUCUACUCCACCGGGUAUGAUAUACCAAUAUAUGAGACACCCUGGCUCUACGUAUAUAAUGUCCUGUAUGUGGAUCGAGCAUCAUGGCUUUUCAAAAAUGAAACCUUGUGGACGUCAGUUUUCAAAUAUGCUUGAUAUUGUAAACCAUUUAAGCGAGGAGCAUGUUCAAACUGCUGACACUGGAAACGGACUGUAUGUUUGUCAAUGGCAAAACUGCCCUAGAAAUGGAUUGCCAUUUAAAGCAAAGUAUAAACUUGUCAAUCAUCUUCGUGUGCAUACUGGAGAAAAACCUUUCCCCUGUCCAUUUCCUGGUUGUGGAAAAUUGUUUGCUCGUUCAGAAAAUUUAAAAAUACACAAACGCACUCAUACUGGAGAACGGCCUUUUGUUUGCGAGUUUUCUGGAUGUGGUCGUCGGUUUGCAAACUCAUCUGACCGCAAGAAACACUCUCAUGUUCAUACUUCUGAUAAACCAUACACGUGUCGAGUUGGAACUUGCACCAAAAGCUAUACACACCCUAGCAGUUUACGAAAGCACGUUAAGGUCCACGGUGAUGGUUCACCUUGUGAUUUAGAUAACGAAAGUCCGUCAAAUGAAGAACUAUCUCCCGGAGACACAUCUGAUGCUAUCAAUGAACGAAUGGACAGUGUAAGAAUAUCUGUAUAGUAAAACUUCUAGAAUUUUAUGUUUACAUUACUUGUAUAUAUUGUACAUAUUCAAUACUGUAAAUGUUUUUGCUGCAUGUAAAGAGCUUUUCAUGACACAGGACAUUCUUUAUUAAUAACUUAUUUUUUUUUGUUUCAAUUAUUAUUUUUAUGUAUUUAUUGUAGAUAAUAAAAUGUGCAUAAGGCGUCAUUUUAUAUGAAAUUUUUUUGUAUAUAUUUUAUUGUAUAAAGGAGCAUAUGUAUAUAAGAUGAUAUAUCAAAAAAAAA